UGCUGUCAUGGUGUGAAAGAGAUGGACAGCAACCUGCGCUCGCCUUGAAAAACGCAACAGCGGUUGUUGUCAUCUUGUGCUUCGAUCGAAAAAAGUGGCCGGGCUGGGACUUCGAACUAUCGCGUAACCAUUAUCAUUUGCAACCGGAUCGGACCUGGCCGUACAGUGCUGUCGAGGAAUCUGGACUACGGAGCCAAAUGCUCCCGUGGAAACCAUUUCCAACCGAUCACAACCAUCGUUGAACGCGCCGCGGACGCGCAAAGCUUGCGGACAUUAGCGUGUUUCCGUAAACGCGCGCGUGUGUGCAUCCACCUCGUAGUGGUUCACGAAAGGUCACAACUAAUUGCGAAUCAGGAUUUUCGUAGGCUUCUACUAUCCGGAAAGAACUAGCAACUAAGCGUACUGCUCGUAGUAGUACUGCAAACGCGACGUUCUUCUGUGUAUCGAAAGUACGUGUGUGUACCAACAAGCACGCACACACACCUUUGUACGAACACAUACACACAAACACAGAACAUACACUAAAGAUGGUGAAACGCAAACCACAGGCUAUGAUCGAUUCGGAGAGCAGCAGUGAUUCGGAAUCGGGUUCUGAUCUCGAUUCGGAGCUGCUCUCGUUGGCCAAGAAGAAGAAAACAACCCGUCUAGCGUCUGCAUCACCAAACCAUGCCAAUCAAAACCGUUCCGGGUCAGGUUCGGAUUCCGGUUCCGGAUCAGACUCCGAUGAUGAUGACGACGACGACGAUGAUGAUGAUGAGGAGGACGAGGACGAACAAGUGUCUGGCUCGGAAGCGAUGGCAAAGCGCAAGCGAAAAGGUGGCAAACCAACGUCCUCCUCCGAGUCGGAAAGCGAACGCGAUGGUGAAGAUCGCAAACGUGGCAACAACAACGCACCGCAGGCCACCGUAGUUAAUAACACAGUUGUGGGUGGAGGAGGAGGAGGAGUAAAGCGCAAACAACCGAUCGAUGAGGGUGAUGGUUCCGAGCCGGAAGAAGGACAGGUAUCGUCCGACUCGGAGAAAACCCGCAAAGGUACGGCGGGAAAACCGGCAUCGAGCGAAGAUGAUUCUAGCGACGGUAACUCAAGUGACGACAGUAGCAGCAGCAGUAGUAGCAGCAGCGAUUCCGAAUUCAACGAUGGGUACGAUGAAAAUUUGAUGGGCGAUGACGCGGAUCGGGCGCGCCUGAACGCACUGUCCGAGAAGGAGCGUGAAACGGAAAUUUUCAAACGUAUCGAACGACGUGAUGUGAUGAAAACGCGCUGGGAGAUCGAGCGGAAGCUGAAGCUGGCGAAACGUGCCGAAAGGGCCCGUGACAAGCAAGCUCAGCCGGAGCGGAAAAAGAAAAAGAAAGAAAAGAAAAAGGCACAGAAAAAAGCGGCCGCCGCAGCUGCCGCAGCAAAUGCUGAGCGCGAACGUAAGAAGGCGGCAGCGGCGGCCAUUAGUGCAGCACAAACGGCGGCCGCUAAUGCAGCAGCAGCAGCGGCAGCAGUGGCUGCUGCUUCGGCAAAAGCUAUGGGACCUGCAGCCAUGGGCGGCGACAUGCCUACCCAAGGUUCAAUGGAUACGUCCGACGUUGGCGGUGUGAUGGUUCGUGCGGACAGUCCUUCCUCGUCACCGGAGAAGAAAAGCGAUGAUGUUUCAAGCGCAUCGGAAUACUUCGACCCGAAGGAACGUUCGAAGGAGCGUAAGAAAACGGUCGAAAUGAACCGGACAGAUGACAAACGUAGCAACGCAAUGGCGAUGCUGAAGGCGAAGCGCGAAGGCAAGGCCAAGCGUGAAGAGGAGGAAGCGAAGCGGGAGGCGCAGCGAAAGCAAGACGCCAGCCAGCAGGAAGACAAAGAGGAACUGACGGACGUGCCUGGUGGCAAGUCGCAGAUGAAGCUAAAAGCGUCCGACAUAUACUCGGACGAUUCUGGCAGCUCGGACGAUGAAGACGACGAAGCGGGCGGUGCAAACGAACGGGACAAAAAGGCCCGCAGCGAUCGGAGGUCACGCUCGGGCGGAAGCGGCGAAAGUGGUAGCGGCAGUGACAGUCGUUCGUCUAGCGAUUCCGAGGGUGAAGAGAAGGAGAAAAAGACCGGAUCCGGUUCGGGUUCCGGUUCCGGAUCGGGAUCCGGUUCCGGUUCGGGAUCGAGCAGCCGCAAACCGGUCGCCAUUAGUUCAAAUGCCGAGCUGAACAAAUUGCGAAUCUCGCGCCACAAACUGGAACGCUUUAUUAACCUGCCGAUCUUCGAGCCGACCGUGUUGAACUGCUUCGUGCGUAUCAACAUCGGCAACAACCAGGGCAAACCGGUGUACCGUGUCGCGGAGAUAGUCGGUGUGGUAGAGACGGCCAAAAUUUACCAAUUCGGACGCAGCCGAACGAACAAAGGCUUCAAGCUAAAGCACGGCAGCCAGGAGCGCGUCUUUCGGCUGGAGUUCGUGUCGAAUCAGGACUUUUCCGACACGGAGUAUCAGAAGUGGCUCACGAUCUGUCAAACAUCCGGCACACCGUUGCCAACGAUAGACAUGAUCGAGCGCAAGCAGCGUGACAUUAAGGAAGCGUCACAGUACGAGUUUAAGGAUGCAGAUAUUGAUCGACUGGUGGAGGAGAAGAAUCGAUUCCGAGCCCAUCCUACUAAUUACGCUAUGAAGAAAACGAUCCUGAUGAAGGAGCGUGAUGCAGCCCAGCUACGAGGUGAGGACGAUUUGGCGCGUGAUCUCAACUCGCAGAUUCAGGAAAUUGAGGAACGAGCAAGCACGUUGGACAAGAAGCGCAGCAGCAGCAUUAGUUUGAUCUCGUACAUUAACGAUCGCAACCGUAAGCGUAACGUGGAGGACGCAGAGAAAGCAAUUAUGGAGGAAAAGCGGGCGACACGUGGUCUUAAAAUUGAGGAUCCGUUCACGCGUCGCCAAACGCAACCGCGCAUGUCGUUCAAGAAGGAUGACAAACGGGACGAUACGCCUAUGUUGCUGAUGCAAGCUCCUCCACCACCGGGACAGGCUGGCAAGAAAAAGAUGGAGGACAAAAAGUCUAAUCAAGGUGGUGGCGGCCAGGCGGACAACAAUCUAUAUUCGUUGCAUGAUUUCGACAUCGAUCUGGAAGUCCCGUUGCCAAUAAGCAGCGUGAACGUGCUCCCGAAACCGGUAGAGAAACCCGUAAGGGAAUCGGGCCCGAAACGAUCGCUCAACCUGGAAGAUUACAAAAAGAAGCGUGGAUUGAUCUAGUUCUGGUGCGGAUUGUAUGUAAGCAAAUAGUUUAAAACCGUCAACGUAGUUUACUUUUUUAUAAAGCGACGGGAACGGGCUCGCAAUUGUGCGAAACAACGCGUGGCUUUGUUCACACUGUACAUUAUUAUGAUUACGUUAAUCACGCCCGGAGGUCAAAGUUAGCUUCCAAGAGAAUGUAAAGAUGAGUGCGAUUGUCGCCAAACGAAAAACAUGAAGGGGAGAUAUACAUUCAGCUUGCUUCGGUUAAGGAUGGUCCAACGGUACUCGCGGCAAUCUCGCAAACGACUGGACGGAGUAUCCAAAUCCAUCCGGACAGUUUGCUAGGCCAAUUAUUGCCAGAAUGGUCGUUUGUUACGCCACGCUGUUCGAGAAAGUUGAUAUUCUUGAUGUUUUCAGGAAUUUCUGCUGAAAAUUAAACAGAAAAGGAAAAUGCUGCUUAAUCAGCAACUCUCGUCUUCAUACAGAAACGUUAAUUCUCAUUGUUUGGAUGGAUUUCACUCAAAAUCGGAGACCAGCGAAUCGAUUGACUAUGUUCAUGUCAUCAGAUAUUAUUUACACAAUUAUAUUUUUCGAGAGAUUUUUUAUUUAAGUAGAUUUCUCUCUCUUUUGUAACCAAAAAAAACUGACAAGCUUUCAUGUUGUUUGAUGAAACGCUAAUGGGUACCGUAAAUUACGCGCGCUCCGAAGAAAGGCCUGUAAAAACGUGAAUUUUUGAGCAUUAUUUUUGCCGUACUCUUGAAGGUGUAUAAAUUCAAAUGGUGGCCCUUCUAAUUCAACAUAUGAGUUAGUUUUUGUUUUAAAAAAAAUCUCAAAAUUCCCCUUUUUUCGUGCCUGUGGAUGUAUAUCUCUCCUUAAACGUUUGCUUUAUGUUUGUAUUGGUAUUAUGACGUGCAUUCGGAGGAUGCACUAGGAGAUGAUUAGAAUUAUAAUUUAUUUAAUGCUUUUAAUCGACCAUCUUUAGCUUAUUUUCAACCAUUUAAACCGCUCCUGGAACAUUUUCUCUUCAAGCCUUUCUGUAGGCUACGGAAGGAUGGAUUAAUUUCCAGCACGUGUGUGAGUGUGUUACAUGGUUCGUGCUUGCACGCUCAACCAUACGCAAAGAAACACUAAAUACAGUAAUACUAGACACAAACGAACACUAAGAAUCAGGGGAAUAGUGAACACUCAAGCAAUUGUAGCGAUAAAGUCGCAUGAGAUACAUUAUUGUAGCGAUAGGAAUGAUCAAAUGUUCAGUUACUACACUUCUACUAUGGCGCAUAUAGUAGUAGCCGCAUUGUAACGGGUAAUAAAGAAUGGAGA